AUGCCGCCUAUGUCCCCCGUCACCAUGGUCCCUAAGUUACCCGUCACCAUGGUCCCUAAGUUACCCGUCACCAUGCCGCCCAUGUCACCCCUCACCAUGGUCCAUAAGUUACCCGUCACCAUGCCGCCCAUGUCCCUCGUCACCAUGCCGCCCAUGUCACCCCUCACCAUUCCGCCCAUGUCCCCCGUCACCAUGCCGCCUAUGUCCCCCGUCACCAUGGUCCCUAAGUUACCCGUCACCAUGGUCCCUAAGUUACCCGUCACCAUGCCGCCCAUGUCACCCCUUACCAUGGUCCCUAAGCAACCCGUCACCAUGCCGCCCAUGUCCCCCGUCACCAUGCCGCCCAUGUCACCCCUCACCAUGCCGCCCAUGUCCCCCGUCACCAUGUCGCCCAUGUCCCCCGUCACCAUGGUCCCUAAGUUACCCGUCACCAUGGUCUCUAAGUUACCCGUCACCAUGCCGCCCAUGCCGCCCAUGUCACCCCUCACCAUGCCGCCCAUGUCCCCCAUCACCAUGCCGCCUAUGUCCCCCGUCACCAUGGUCCCUAAGUUACCCGUCACCAUGCCGCUCAUGUCCCCCGUCACCAUGGUCCCUAUGUCACCCCUCACCAUGCCGCCCAUGUCCCCCGUCACCAUGCCGCCUAUGUCCCCCGUCACCAUGGUCCCUAAGUUACCCGUCGCCAUGCCGCCCAUGUCCCCUGUCACCAUGCCGCCCAUGUCACCCCUCACAAUGGUCCCUAAGUUACCCCUCACCAUGCCGCCCAUGUACCCCGUCACCAUGCCGCCCAUGUCACCCCUCACCAUGGUCCCUAAGUUACCCGUCACCAUGCCGCCUAUGUCACCCUUCACCAUGGUCCCUAAGUUACCCGUCACCAUUCCGCCCAUGUCCCCCGUCACCAUGGUCCCUAAGUUACCCGUCACCGUGCCGCCCAUGGCCCCCGUCACCAUGGUCCCUAAGUUACCCGUCACCAUGGUCCCUAAGUUACCCGUCACCAUGCCGCCCAUGUCACCCCUCACCAUGGUCCCCAAUCCACAAUUACCCGUCACCAUGCCGCCCAUGUCCCCCGUCACCAUGCCGCCCAUGUCACCCCUCACCAUGUCGCCCAUGUCCCCCAUCACCAUGCCGCCUAUGUCCCCCGUCACCAUGGUCCCUAAGUUACCCGUCACCAUGCCGCUCAUGUCCCCCGUCACCAUGGUCCCUAUGUCACCCCUCACCAUGCCGCCCAUGUCCCCCGUCACCAUGCCGCCUAUGUCCCCCGUCACCAUGGUCCCUAAGUUACCCGUCACCAUUCCGCCCAUGUCCCCUGUCACCAUGCCGCCCAUGUCACCCCUCACCAUGGUCCCUAAGUUACCCGUCAACAUGCCGCUUAUGUCACCCCUCACCAUGGUCCUUAAGUUACCCGUCACCAUUCCGCCCAUGUCCCCCGUCACCAUGGUCCCUAAGUUACCCGUCACCAUGCCGCCCAUGUCCCCUGUCACCAUGCCACCCAUGUCACCCCUCACCAUGGUCCCUAAGUUACCCGUCAACAUGCCGCCUAUGUCACCCCUCACCAUGGUCCUUAAGUUACCCGUCACCAUCCCGCCCAUGUCCCCCGUCACCAUGGUCCCUAAGUUACCCGUCACCAUUCCGCCCAUGUCCCCCGUCACCAUGGUCCCUAAGUUACCCGUCACCAUGGUCCCUAAGUUACCCGUCACCAUGCCGCCCAUGUCCCCCGUCACCAUGGUCCCGCCCGACGUGACGCAGCCGCAGAAAAACAAAGGGAAAAAGAAAAAGUACAAGAGCCAGUCGGUUGAUUUCUAG